AUGGCCAUCCUCCUCACCGGCGGCACGGGAAAAACAUCCCUCCACCUCGCCGCCCUCUUACAACAAGCCAACAUCCCUUUUCUCCUAACCUCUCGCCGUGGCCCCUCAGCCUCUUCCCUUCCAACCGUCAAAUUCGAUUGGAACGACGAGACCACCUGGACCAAUGCAUUCAGCCAUCGUUUCCCUAGGUCCGAAAAAAUCACAGCCAUCUACCUACUCAGUGGCGAGCUAGCCGAACCAGCACCACUGCUCAACAAAUUCAUCGAUCUUGCACAUAGCGAAUAUGGCGUCAAGAGAUUUGUAUUGUGUUCAGGCAGUACAGCUGAGAUGGGUGGACCAUACCACGGCAAAAUAUGGCAGAAACUCUAUGAAGAGAAGCUAGAAUAUUGCGUACUGAGACCAAGUUGGUUCAUGGGUCAAGGCCAUUUCGAAACAAUCAAGUACAAAAACACAAUCUUCUCCGCCUGUGCCGAUGGCAAAAUCCCGUUCGCCAGUGCAGAGGAUAUAGCAAGAGUUGCUUUCCACACCCUCACGGAUGCCACCCCUCAUAACCGCAGCUACCGUAUCCUAGGUCCCGAACUCUUGACCUACGAUCAAAUUGCAGAAAAGUUGUCCAUCCACCUCUCCAAGAAAAUAACCCACGUCAAGUUGUCACCUGAGGAAAGAAUCCAAGGAUUCAAGGAUGUCGGAUUACCUCCCCACAUGUCAUCCUUCCUCACAAACCUAGAGAUCAUGGCUGCAGAAGGUAAAGAAGCUUGGGACGGCAAUGAUGUUCAACUCGUGACUGGAAGAAAACCAAUGUCGUUUGAUGCAUUCGUGCAGAAGAACAAGCAAGUUUGGGAAUAGUGAUGAUAAUGAAAAGACAGGAGUGGGUGGCAAGGAAGAGAACGGAGGAAGAGAAACCCAAAUUUUGCUUCAUCUACUCAAAAAGCAGAAAGUUGCAGAUUAUCCAACAAACGAAAACAAUAUAAGCGUAUCGCUAUGCCAGGGGGUGGGUUUUGCCACGACCCUUAAAGACUAAGAAAAACCAAAACCAAAAUCAUAACAUCAUUUUUUGUUCCGACCAACCCAGAAGCC